UAGAAAAAUAGUAAAUAAUUAGUUAUAUAUUAAGAAAAGGGCCCUCUAAUCAUGAGUGAUGUGCUGAAAAGCUCCCAGGAGCGUUCUCGGAAGCGACGCCUGCUUUUGGCCCAGACUUUGGGAUUGUCCAGCGUGGAUGAGCUAAAGAAAGUACUGGGCAACGCCGAGGACACAAACAACAGCCGCCAACUGAAUUCCAGUGGUCAGAGGGAAGAUGACGAUGCCGGCUCCUCCUCGUCGAAGAAAACGCACAGCGAAAUAAUCUACAGGGACUCCUCCACAUUCCUGAAGGGCACCCAGUCCUCCAAUCCGCACAAUGAUUACUGCCAGCACUUCGUGGACACGGGACAAAGGCCCCAGAACUUCAUUCGCGAUGUGGGUCUAGCGGAUCGCUUCGAGGAGUAUCCCAAGCUAAGGGAGCUCAUUAAAUUGAAGGACAAACUUAUCCAAGACACGGCUUCGGCUCCCAUGUAUCUGAAAACGGAUCUCAAAACUCUGGAUGUGAAAACUUUGGGGACCAAGUUUGACGUGAUUUUGAUAGAACCGCCUUUGGAGGAAUACGCCAGGGCAGCUCCUUCAGUGGCCACUGUGGGAGGAGCUCCAAGGGUUUUCUGGAACUGGGAUGAUAUCCUGAAUUUGGAUGUGGGUGAGAUUGCCGCCCAUCGCUCGUUCGUGUUCCUGUGGUGCGGUUCGUCGGAGGGACUGGACAUGGGCCGUAACUGCCUUAAAAAGUGGGGAUUCCGGCGUUGCGAGGACAUCUGCUGGAUACGCACAAACAUCAACAAGCCGGGGCACUCCAAACAGCUGGAACCCAAGGCCGUCUUCCAACGCACAAAGGAGCACUGCCUGAUGGGUAUCAAGGGAACGGUUAGACGCUCCACCGACGGAGACUUCAUCCAUGCCAACGUGGACAUCGAUUUGAUCAUAUCGGAGGAGGAGGAGUUCGGCAGCUUCGAGAAGCCCAUCGAAAUCUUUCACAUAAUCGAGCAUUUCUGUCUGGGUCGACGACGUCUCCAUCUUUUCGGCAGGGACUCGAGCAUUCGUCCUGGCUGGUUAACCGUCGGCCCGGAGCUGACCAACUCCAAUUUCAAUUCGGAAUUGUAUCAAACGUAUUUCGCUGAGGCUCCAGCUACGGGUUGCACCAGUCGGAUUGAGCUUCUGCGGCCCAAGAGUCCUCCACCGAACAGCAAGGUCCUGCGGGGCAGAGGACGCGGUUUUCCACGUGGUCGUGGCAGGCCGAGAUAACUGAAUUUUUUACUCCAACUUUUAUCAAGUGCACGUAUUCGUAGCGUCUAAGUUCGACAAUUAAUUACUGUCUAAGAAUAGGAUUAAGAUUAAAGACUAAAGCAGCAGCAGCAGCAGAA